AUGGCCUCACUACUCCCAUCCUAUGACGGUCUUCUACCAUACUGGCUUCUAGUGGUAACUAUGUCCCCACAGUGUCUUCAGCUGAGGGCUAUCUAAAAUUCGUUGCAGGUAUCGUCUAUGGCCGGUAUGGCCACCACCGCGGCAUUCAUCUCAACAGAAAACGGCAGUAAAAUGUACAACGGUCCAACGGCAUCGCGCCAAGUCAGUGGGUUGAGUACCCGUCUCUUUGGCACUUGGACCUCUCUGGCAAUGAUGAUUCGAAUCUAUGCUGCAUACAACAUCGACAACAAAGUAGCCUACGAUAUUUGUAUGUGGUCAUUUGUCGUCGUUACGGCACACUUUGGCAGCGAGUGUUGGGUUUAUGGAACUAUGAGAUUGGGAAAGGAAACGUUGCCAGCAUUUAUGGUCGCUUCGUUGAGUUAUGCUUGGAUGUUCGCACAACGAAAGUUUUACAUCACCUAA